AUGAGCUCCAAGGCACGGUAUUGCCGCUGCAGCAAUAGCAAGCCUCGCCCUGCACAUCAGCUGCGUGCUAUUGUCCCUGGGGCCGUCGUGAUGAAUGCCAUUGUCUCGACCGAUACUCGAGAUUGCAGUCAGCCAUCAGCCCGUAUUCACAGCCGACUGGUGGUCACUUUCCCUGUCCUCACCUUGUUCUUCUGUGCCAGCGAUAGCCCGUCGAAAUAA